AUGCCACGUAAGAACCAUGAAUAUUAUGCUGUUCUUACUGGACGAAUUGAUGAGCCGACAAUAUUCUCAUCGUGGGGCGAUGUACACCCUCGCGUGACUGGAUGCAGGUCAAACCUCGGGGGCUUUGACGAUCUUCUAAAAGCACAAGAUUUCAUGGAGAAAAAUGGAGUCAAGCAGCCUAAACUAGUAAUCAAGGAAGGGGCCGGAGAAAAUACACCAGUACGAGGGAAGGAAGCCUUUUACGCAGUUGCCAAUGGUAGAAACCCGGGGAUUUACCCCUACUAUCAUGGAAAAACGAAGCCAGAGGUUGAUCGAUUCCCGGGUGCUUGUCAUAAGCACUUUAGAACACAUUCCCAGGCAGAAGCUUUUAUUGAAGAUUGGAAAAAUUCCUAUGCUGACGUUUGCCGGAGGGAGAUAAAAGCAAAGCUAGAUCAAGGAUUCAGGCCGCCAAAUAUGGAACUGAAGUUCGAUAUCUUGCAAGCAAAUGCCGAAUACGAUAUAAACGAAGAUAUUACAAAGAUGACCGAGAAGCUGAUUCUGGAAGAGUGAAUAGUGGAAGCAUUCAUUCAUGCAUUUAUGUCGAUUCUUCGCAAUCAAUUUCAGUCACAAUCGAUGUGUGACAGCGAGUUUAGAAUGUUAUACAAAUUAUUAUCUUGGGACUGUGGUUUCAUUACUCGAAACUGAAUGUUGUCAUGUUAGCUGUUUUGAAACCGGGAACAACCAAUUAUUACUG